CAAGAUCGUUUGGAAGCACCGGACAGGAUGUAUUGCCAUGGCAAACAACUAUGAAAUACUCUAGUUCCGUCAUCUCAAAGACAAUAGGAAAACAUUAUUGGUCACAUGAGGUACAAGAUGCUCAAGACACAAUUCAGAUUGAAACUCACACUUGGAAUGUUUCCGCCGGUUUUAUAGGUAGUCGCGGACAAACCAGCGCUCUCAAAACAGAGAUAAUUUAUCUAUCUGACGUCAACUCUACUUUCCAGGGCGAUAUAAUUACUUUAAGACUGCAUGCACGAGAUGACAACGGUAGAAGACGUUAUCUUGGUGGUGAUUUAUGGCGGGCAGCUAUCUACAACACGACCAGUAGGUUUGGUUCUAUGGGAAAGAUUAUCGACCAUGAUAAUGGAACAUACACAGUGCAUUUUUAUGCUGGUUUUUCGGGAAAAGUGGUAGUCCAGAUUAUGUUAGUUUUACAGCGAGAAGCAAUCAAACAACAGAAAUUAAUUUUGUUGCCAAUGGAAUUUAGAGGAUAUUGGAAGGGAACUUUUCGGAAUGACAAUAAAACAGAAAAUUCUAAUUGUUUUAUACAAAGAGAAGGACACUGGAAAGAUAUGUGUGAAUACCCGCAUCCUAGAGCUCUGGGAAACACUGUGUUUUUGUGUCGUCCACCUAAAUCGCUGGGAUGCAACACUCUUAUCGGCAUAUCUGCAACAAGAAUUAGAAACAAUAAAUUGAAAACUAAUCAGUUUAAAAUACCCGAUGCUCCACGAGUGAUUAAGGGAUUCAACGAUAGAUUGCUGAUACAGAGCAGUGUAAAACCUGAUGACAAUACAUAUAGUGUACCUCGGUGUGAAUCAGACUUACUGGAACCAUUAGUUACCGGAUACUGGCUUGGUAUGAGAUGGUACUCCUUGGUCUGUCGAAACAGAGAAUGGAACCACGCAAAAGAAGUUCAGAAAUGCUUGCAGGACAAAGACGUGUAUUUUGUUGGUGACUCCACAACUAGACAGUGGUAUCAACAAAUGCUGGACAUAGCUGGAUAUCCCAUAAAUGCCACAGAUGAUAACUGGAGGAAACGUGUUAACACAAUACCUGGUGACUAUAAUGUUAGUGGGGAAGAUGCGUAUGACAUGAUGGUGACCGACUUAAAAAACAACAUUAAUUUCACUUUUCAUCACCAUGCACUCUCACUGCACGGAUUUGUUCCAAUAUCCCGUUUUCCAUUCUCCAUUGACGUUUUAGACCAGCUGACUGCCCCAAAAUGCAAUUACGUCAUUGUUAUUAGUCUCUGGGCCCAUUUCGACUCUUGGACUACAGAUAGUUACACAUAG